CGCAGGCGCGCUGCGGACCUGGCGCGGGAGACUGGCUGCGGGUCGCGAUGCCGUACGCCAACCAGCCAACGGUUCGGAUCACGGAACUCACCGAAGAGAACGUCAAGUUCAUUAUCGAGAACACGGACCUGGCGGUGGCCAAUUCCAUCCGGAGGGUCUUCAUCGCCGAGGUGCCCAUAAUAGCCAUCGACUGGGUUCAGAUUGAUGCCAAUUCCUCAGUCCUUCAUGAUGAAUUCAUUGCUCACAGGCUUGGAUUGAUCCCCCUCACUAGUGAUGACAUUGUGGACAAGCUGCAGUACUCCCGGGACUGCACAUGCGAGGAGUUCUGCCCUGAGUGUUCUGUGGAGUUCACUCUUGACGUGAGGUGCAAUGAAGACCAGACUCGCCAUGUUACCUCUCGGGAUCUCAUCUCCAACAGCCCCCGGGUUAUUCCGGUGACAUCCCGGAACCGGGAUAACGACCCCAAUGACUAUGUGGAGCAGGACGACAUCCUUAUUGUCAAGCUGAGAAAGGGCCAAGAGCUGAGACUGCGAGCCUAUGCCAAGAAGGGCUUUGGCAAGGAACAUGCCAAGUGGAACCCCACUGCAGGGGUGGCUUUUGAAUAUGAUCCAGACAACGCGCUUAGGCACACGGUGUAUCCCAAGCCUGAGGAAUGGCCAAAGAGUGAGUACUCCGAGCUGGACGAGGAUGAGUCACAGGCUCCCUAUGACCCCAAUGGCAAGCCAGAGAGGUUUUACUACAAUGUGGAGUCCUGUGGCUCACUGCGCCCUGAAACCAUCGUCCUCUCAGCCCUCUCUGGGUUAAAGAAGAAGCUGAGUGACUUACAGACUCAGUUAAGCCAUGAGAUCCAGAGUGACGUGCUCACCAUAAACUAGCCGCAGCUUGUCUGCUGAAGACGACUAGGUUCAAGGUGCCCACUGGACUUCAGGUCUUGGGACCCCUUCUGGUUUCAGGGCUGUGGACUGCAGUUUGCUCAAGCUGCCUGGAAAGUCAUCAGAGUCAGGGCUUCCACUGGUAUUAGGCAGGGCAGUUUCUUAGGAGGCAUUUAGCAUCCUGGCUCUACCUUCCUGAUCACGGUGGCAGUCCUCAGAACCCUAGGCAUCCCUUCCAUCCUGUUUCUUAGCUCACUGGUAGGGGGCGCUAUUACUUCCUAGUUGUGAGCAGUGGCCUAGACAUCUGGUCACUCCAGCUUUUUAAAUCUUUACCCAAGGAAAGGAGUUUUCCAGCCCUACCUUAGGCGUCUGGUGUUGGGACUGAGUAUUCGGACCUUCAUUGAAGCAGCCUGUGACCUUUCAGGUCCUCUUCCCAGGGUCCGCUUAUUGGCACUUGAAGUUUCAGGUGUCCCUAAGCUGAGAAGUCACCCUUUGGGACUGGUAUUAGACCCUGGCUAUCCUCUCUGUCCACAGGUGAACUUGGUGUUUCAUACUCUGGCCUGACAUUUGGGGGUUGGGUACCACAGACCCCUCCCACAUUUCCUUUCUCAUUAGUGAAGUUCAAGCCCUGCCUUAGCAUGUCUCCAGGUAGGAACAGACCCCCCAUAGUGGUUUUCAGGCAGCCUGGGGAAGAGCACGCACCAGCACAGAAAGGAAGGGAUAUUUAUUGAUCAACAGUAGAUGUCUUUUUACAAGUUUUUAUUUUUGGCAAUAAAGAGCACAACAUAAUCUC